AUGUCUAUGUAUGGUAAAGAUCGUGCAUUUAUCGAAAAUGAACAGAGGUUCCGACAAGAUAGAGAUUAUUUAUCCGGACCUGGUUUAACUCAAAAUCAAAAUUAUUCGGCACCAAGUUAUUCAACAACAACUAAACCAAUGACAAAUUAUUCAAGACUUGAUGAUGCGAUGUUGAUCAAUGAUAUUAACAAAACGAAAGAGGUGAGCUCAAAAUUUUGAAAUCAGAUAUUAUUGAACAUAAUUUAAGGCAUCAAAUGUGCAAACAGUUGAACAAGUUGAAUGCACACCGUUUAUGUGGUCUCACCCAAUGGGACUUCUUAGAUGGUUUCAGUUGAUUAUGUUUUUCAUUUUGCAAUGGUUAGUUCAAAUUACUUGCGGUGGAGAUGCUUGCACAAUGAUUAUGAAUGUUUUCGGAUAUACAGCGAUGGGUCAAGUGAGUUUGGGGAGAAAAAUCGAUAUUUUUAAUGAAUCAGAGUUUUUUGAAACUACUCUGAAAUUAGUGAAAAUGAAGUUAUGUAUCUAAAAGAUCGAAGUAGGACCCACAAAAAAAUAUCCACGCAAAAUGCGGCGCUUUGAUAUUGCCAAGAAAUUAGACAGAUAAAGCUUCAAACAAUUUUUCUAUUUUCUCACUAUCAAGAUCAAAUACCAAAUUUUAUACCCUAUUCAAAUCUAUUUUUACCCAGAAUACCAAGAAUCUUGCAAACUUAGCAGACGUAUAAUAUCAGAACAACUGAAAUUUCAACCUGUCUCAAAAACAUCACUGAAAUCAUUCUCAAAAACCAAAAACUGGUCUGAACAUUGAAAGCAAAAAAAAAAACUGAAAAAUGAGCGCGUGAAAAAUAAGAAAAUAUUCCAACCGGAAAUUGAUAUACACUUGUUAGUAUCUGCAAAUUUUCUUGAAAUUGUACACUUACCAAGAUUUGAAAAAUAAUAUAGAAGUAUAAGAUGUAAAAAUAAUCAAACAUGAUUAUUAGUAUACAUGCAUAGGUGGGCUAAAAAUGAAAAAGAAGUGUCUGAACUUUUGCUAAUUUACAGUAUCCAAUUAUAAUUUUUUCAGCUUUUUGUGCUCGUCAUUUUUCUUGGUCUCUCAAUGUUUUGCGCACUUAUUUUGCUCGCCUUCAUUCUCAAUGCUCAUAAAUCGUUUCCAUCUGCAAUUUUAGCCAUGGAGCGAAUUUAUGCAAUUCUUGGAAUCGUUUUUAUGUUUAUCGCUGGCAUUUUGGGAACAUGGAUGGCAGUGUUGGCUAAUAAUCCGGAUGUGAAUUAUCAAGGACGAGGACGUGGACAUAUUCAAGGACAAUGGAUUGCAGCCGCUGUGAGUUAACAUAACUUUGAAAAAUGGAGAUAUGUAUGUUUUUUAGGUUCUCGAAUUUAUAAUGGUCUUUGUAUAUGUAUUCGACUUGCUGUUACAACGUCGUGAAGUAUGGAUUAAACCAAAGAAUAUGGGUAUUUCAAUGGGGGAAAAUUUGGAAUAAAUAAAAUCCCAGGGUAUCAGUUUAUUUUUAAAAAAAAUGUUUCAGAACUAUCCCUUCACUGGAAAGGAAUACAAAAUCGAGAAACGACGUCGCGCAAUCAACCAGGAUUUUCACAGAUCUGAAAAUUCUAUAAACUAUUUUUAA